AUGUACCUGAUCCUCGUACUUCUUCUAACUUCCACAAUUCUGGCUCAAGAUUUCGAUUUUGAUUGCAAAGCAUCAGUAGAUCUUGGAACCGCCUGUUCGCAACAAAAACCGAUUUUGAAAUAUCAUUUCGACUCGAAGACCCAAACAUGUUUGGCGUUUUUGUACCAAGGUUGUGGUGGGAAUUUGAAUCGCUUCGAUUCGACAGGAUUGUGUAAUCGAUUCUGUAGACCAAGUAGGUUUCAGGGGAGGAAAUGAGGUUCAGGCGGGAAAAUAAAUUGAAUAUUUUCAGUCGACAAAUUCUCGUGUCCUUUGGGUUCUCCAGUGGUUCCAGGAACAAGUACAUGCCGAGAUAGCGUAAGUUCAAGUCUAUACUUGGAAGAUUGCCAGGAAUAAUUGUGACGUGGCAAAAAUUGCACCUGCCACGUCAUAAUUAUUUUGGAUUAACAAAUCUUGCUCAAAACUAUCAAAAUCUUCAAUUUCCAGUCUGAAUGCGGCUCAACCGGAUAUUGCAAACGUGGUUCCCACGUUGGCCUUUGCUGCCAAACCGCAUACCGUGACAAAUCUCACCUCGAAUACAAUCCCAAAUGCCCAAGUGGCAAAUCAGUCUACAAAAUUGCAUCCUCAACAUUUUUGGGCAAAUCUUGUAAAUCGAAUCAUUGUCCGGAGAAUGCCACGUGUAUUCAGGGAGAAUAUUUUGCCACGUGUUGUGUUUGA